AUGGAGCCGACUCUACCGAUAGUUGUGUGUCUGAUUUCUGUGGUGGCUCUCGGCAUUGCGUACACAUCCAAUGCGGUCUGGCAUCGAUCUCGCCCAUUGCCACCUGGUCCGAAGCCGUGGCCGCUCCUGGGCAACGCCUUAGACAUCUCGAUUGAGUACCUACAUCGCACCUUCAGCGAGUGGUGUCAAUGCUACGGCGACAUAGUCUACUUCUCCGUGCUUGGCAGAGGGGCUGUUACUCUCAACUCGAUGUCGGUCGCACAGGAACUCCUGAAUAAGCGCAGUGCUAUCUACUCAGAUCGUCCUCGUUCUAUCCUUAUACACGAGAUGAUAAAUUUCUCCCCGAACAUGCCACUCAUGUCAUACAACGACGAAUGGCGCCGUCAACGACGUUGGAUCCAAGCAUCUCUUCUAGACAAAACCAAACUUGAAAGCUACCGACCAAUUGAGCAGCGCGAAGCGAUCCGAAUGCUCGGGAGUAUCCUCAGGACGCCCGAAGCAUUCGCAUCGCUGAUCAGACGCUACGAAGGCGCCAUAAUGCUUGAGGUCGCUUACGGAAGAACUAUUGCGGCGCACGACAGCGAUUUCGUCCAGCUCGCCAGUGAGACAAUUAUCAAGUUGACCGAGGCUGGGAGCCCUUCUGCCUCUUUGGUUGACUUUGUGCCUAUCUUGCGUUACAUGCCCAUUUGGCUUCCGGGCAGCGCGUGGAAGCGCAGAGCGCUCGACAUCAGGCAACUCAUGCAAGACGUCAUGUGCAUCCCGUACGAGAAGACGAAACGCGCUAUGGCAGCUGGCACCGCGGCCCCCUCUUUCCUUACUGCGCUACUGGAAGAGAUGUCGGAAACUCGGAAAGGGGAGCUGUCUGCUGAAGAUGAGCGGGCGAUGCAGGGCAUCACUAGUGUGUUGUUCGCAGGUGAGGGUGCCACUUCGCUAUCCGCUACAGUUGUCGUGAGCUUCGUACUUGCAAUGGUUCUGAACUCGGACAUCUGUAGGAAGGCACAGGCUGAGAUCGACCGGGUCGUGGGCAGUGAGCGGCUUCCGACUUUCGAAGAUCGCGACUCGCUACCGUACGUUGAGUGUGUCCUGAGGGAGUGCUUCAGAUGGAACGCGCCUCUACCCAUCGGUAUCCCGCACCAAGUCAUGGAUGACGACCUGUAUCGCGGUUUUCUUAUACCCAAAGGGACCAUCAUCAUAGCAAACCUUUGGCAUAUGACGCGCGAUCCUGACGUCUAUCCCGAGCCUGAAGUAUUCUGGCCAGAGCGCUAUCUCGAGAUGGAUGCCAGCACUUUCGACGCCAUAGAUCCUCGUAAGAUUGUAUUCGGCUUUGGCAGGCGGCUAUGCCCUGGUCGGCAGCUCGCAGAUUCUUCGAUAUGGCUCGCUAUCGCCUGCCUGCUCGCCACGCUCGACUUCAACAAGGCUCGCGACUCUACAGGCAACGAGAUCACACCGAUGGCCGAGUUCGUGCCAGGUGCCGUUAGCCAUCCUAAGCCAUUCGUCUGCUCUAUCCGUCCACGGACGCAGAAGGCGGCGGAACUUAUCUAUGAUAUAGAGGCAGCAGAAGGGCUGUGA